AUGACCUACCAGGCCAGUAGGAUCCCGUCCGCAGAGCCAGAAACCCGUCUCUCUGGUCGAGCUCGAUCAGGCGUCGACGAUGGAGUCUGGACUGUGCCGCUGCGGAUGUGGGACUGGACGCGCGCCCUAUGGCCUAUUCUUGCAUGCUUGUCUGCUUCGGAUCGGGAGAACGUGACUAUCAAGCGCAUAUUGCUGCCGCUUGGAAGACUCACUGCUGUUGUCGACAUGGAACAGUCAAACAAUGGUUCAGGGGGUCGGGCUCCAGAAUGCAAUCGACCAUGGGCAGAGCAACUCACACCAAUACUAGGGCCUCUGAGAUAUCGCGUUCACUUAUAUUAUCCGGGACUCCGAGCGGACCACCUCCUGUUAUGCCCCUGCAAAGCCACUCGAGUCUCGAAUCCCGCCAAUCACUUCGGCUCCGUCAAGUACAAUAAUAUCAAGCCUUGGCCUGCCUGCCACGGUGCGAGCUUUACGGUCCGUCGUAUCCAGCUCAGAAAAUCUGAGUGUCUUCCCUGUAUCGUCAAGGUUGCAGGUUCGUCCUUUGAUAUAUCGUUCACGACGCAAGGACGGAGCCGCGAGGCCAAUGCACUGCAUGCAUCGGCGUAG